ACCGACUUUGCUGACUCAUUCUGGAGCUUUGAAAAAGAGCAGGACUUCAAGCCUCAUGUUAGAGACGUUGAGCCUGUUCUCACUGAAUAUGACCUUGACUGGAAAUCCCAGUUGCGCUGGAUACCUGAACCUCGAUACAGUGAUGCGUCAUUUCCACACAUCAAAGACAUAAAGUUUCCCAAUGAAAGAAAACUGAUGAGAUCCUUCCCACAGGCUAAUAGGGUGUCUGCAUCUGAAUGGAGCUUUUAUCUAAACUUUGGACAGUCCAAGACCUAUCACACUGGAAGGAGAUGUUUUAUGGAUGACAUUAAUCAUAUGAGAAGCAUGAGAUGCAUUUCAGAAAAUUUCCUGGAAUUAUCCAUGGGGAGAAAAAAGCAGGCCACAGACAAAUGCAGCAUCUACCCUUCAACAAAGGUCAGACCAUUUCUAGUUCCUGAGUACAGCCCUGGCUUUCAUACGAAUCAUCACUGCGCACAGCCACUUUUGGGUAAGGACCAAGAUGCUUACUGCAGAUGCAGUAAGAUAGACCAAAGGAUGGGACUGUAG